UGGACCCAGACUAAAUUGAACGAGUAGCCGCCGGCAUGAUGACCCAGCCUCCCCAUUGCCGGCCCAGAACAUUCCCCACUACCUCCAACUUGCUAAUCUCCAUGGAUUUUUACUGAUUCCCCCCCUUUAUCUACACACUUUCUACCACUCUCAACACUACACAUAUCUUGAUUACUUCUUCUCCGUUGUGACCAAAAUGGACACAGAUUUUGAUGAUAUGAUCACUUUUGGUCUUGAGACUCUAAGAUCCACUGAAGUCGUUCGUGGGGUCGUUCCAUCUUACAUCACUUCUGACGCAGUUUUUAGUACUGAACUCCAUGCAGUUGUUCAAAGCUGUGUAGGGUUCAAGAGUCUUGACACUGUGAGUUCUGUGUCAAACACCAGCAUCAAGACAACUACCAACGAUGCGGAAGGCAAGUCCGUUACGAGCUUCGGCUCUGAGUCAACAGCGCCGUCUAGUGCUGAACUCGGUGAGGAUGUCAAGCAGAGUGUCUCGAGGGCCACGAAGCUCGUCCUGGACGACUUUCACUUCGUGCAAAGACUAGGGAGCGGCGACAUAGGGACCGUCUACCUUGUAGAGCUCAAGGGCUCUAGAGGGCGCUUCUUUGCAGCUAAGGUGAUGGAUAAAGAGGAGUUGGCUUAUAGGAAUAAAGAGAGUAGGGCAGGGACGGAGAGGGAAGUACUUGGAAUGUUAGACCACCCAUUCUUGCCAUCCCUCUAUGCCACAUUGGAUUCUCCUAGGUGGUCUUGUUUGUUGACUGAAUUUUGCCCCGGUGGCGACCUCCACGUCCUCCGGCAACGCCAACCGGGGAAGAGGUUCGAUGAAGACGCUGUCCGGUUCUAUGCAUCCGAAGUCGUAGCCGCACUGGAGUACCUACACAUGCUAGGAAUAGUUUAUCGUGAUCUAAAACCCGAAAACGUUCUUGUACGUUCGGACGGUCACAUAAUGCUGACCGACUUUGAUCUCUCUCUAAAAUGUGACAACUUAACAUCAACUGCACAACUCAUCUACGAUCGGUCCGACUCAAAAACUCGUUACUCUCUCAACGACCACAAAAUCGUAGAUUCGAGACGAUUUUCUAUCUCAUCCUGCAUUCUGCCAACUUGUUUUGUGCCACGUGUUUCUUGCCUCCAAUCUGGAGGGCGAAGGCGGAGGAAGAAGGGGAGCGGAUAUCGUGGGACCCUAAAGAUAGUGGCGGAGCCCAUUGACGCUCGAUCAAUGUCGUUCGUCGGUACCCACGAGUACCUGGCUCCAGAAAUCGUGUCGGGGGAUGGGCAUGGCAACGGAGUGGAUUGGUGGACACUAGGGAUCUUCAUAUACGAGCUUUUCUAUGGGGUGACACCCUUUAGGGGGACGGACAACGAGUUCACCCUGGCUAACAUCGUGGCUCGAGGGCUUGAGUUCCCUAAGGACCCAAUGGUUGCAGCCGAUGCCAAGGACUUGAUCAAUCAGCUGUUGAACAAGGACCCAAGCAAGAGGAUGGGGUCUAUGAUGGGGGCUACAGCCAUCAAGAAUCAUCCCUUUUUUGAAGGGGUGAAUUGGGCACUUUUGAGGUGCACAAAGCCACCAUAUGUCCCCAAGCCUUUCAAUCCCAAGGACUUUGUUUCAGCUAACUAUGAUUCUUGCGAGGAUAAUUAUAAUAUAGAUUAUUAUUAAAGAUUUCUUAGUGAGAAAAAUGAAUAAAUUUAUUUUUCUAAUUUA